AUGAUGGCCGAGAUUUUGAGAAACCAAGGAAAGAAGUGGCGAGACAAAGAGAAGCUUAUAGAGUCGAACCUACAGCAUUCAAGACUACUUUGGAGAUUUGAUUCCAAACUUGCAAGAAGAAGUAAACUUUGUUGGAAUAGAUGGUUGGCAUGGGAAGAAGCUUGGAAUGAUGAACAUGAUGUUUUUACAAACCAAGAAUCACCCAAUGAAAAGAGAAUGUUAUGGAGGAAGGAGUUAUCAACAAUUUCCUCACAAGAGAAGAAUGGAGCCAAGGAGAAAAGUGGAAAUCAAUCCAAGGAGAGAGCUGUAGCUGCUAUCACUCUUAGGAAUGGCAAAGGGUAUGAGCCGCCAGCAUCCAGUUCAAGAGAAGCAAUGCCGCCAGUCAAGAAGAAACCAAUGGAGUAUGUGAUUAUUGGAGAUGGAACUGAACCACCUAAGGAGGUCCAUGUCAGAAUAGAGCCAGGAACUCAGGAGGAAGUGGAGAAGCCCCUGAAGAACCAAGAGUGUAUGAGCCAAAGAUCCCAUACGAAAUGUUCUUUCUCAACCCAAGAAGGAGAAGGAGCAAGCAAAACUCAAGGAUCUUGUUAG